AUGGUGACAUCUUGGUCGCCAGAAAAACAGGAUGUCCUGGAGCUUUUUAUUCAACCUCGAAAAGGGCUCACUGAGACUAUUCACCAUCGCACAGCCCUGGAUGGCUAUACUUCCUUGACAGCAUUUGUUAGCGGGCCGUAUGGAGUCAGCAAAUCCGUAGACCAUUACGAAUGCGUCUUGGCAAUUGCGACCGAUUUCGGCAUAGCAGGUGUGAUCUCUUAUCUUAAAAAGCUCCUCUACGGAUACAACACUUGCACGUCACAUGUGCGCCGGGUACAUUUCGUGUGGGAGGUGCAAACAUUAGAUAUUGCUGUUGCAGCCCAACCACUUCUGAACAGCUUGUUAAGUGAUGAUAUCUUGGAUGAUGGCUAUGUGGGUUGGCUCUUCUUGUUUAAUCAUACUCGCGCUGAUAAUGUGAUACAGAUACUCGAAAUGUCCUUUUUCGUGGCAUCAAACCAGAUGAUAGAACAUGGCAAGCCGUUCGGUCAGCAUCGCCGCGCGACAGUUUUCAAUGGAAAGCCUCGAUACGAUGAAAUUAUAUCAGAAGAGGCUUCCGGGCGAAACAUAAAACGGCUGCCAAACACUCAUGAAGACCGCGGUGAGGUUCUGGUUAUGGGCGCCCCUGGACCCGAUUUCUCAGAUGAUGACCCUGUUGAUUGGGAUGACUGGCUCACUUCAGAGGCACUCCGGAAUGAAAAAUAUCUGGCUACCUCACAAUGCAGCUUUAUCAACUCGGAGGACUGUACUGAGCGUCGGCAUUUACUGAAACAUGUCACUCAGCUUCAUUUACAACGGCCAGAAUUCUCACUGCCAUCAGAUGGAACUCUUCAGUUGACGCAGCCCACAGAAAACAACAAAGAGACAAUGACAACAUGUCUCCGAACGUCAACUCCAGGCGCAUGCGCCUCUGCAGAAUGUGAAUACACAGAAAUCCAACCACUCGCGAGCAACGAAAAAGAACAAUUCAAGUAUCCAAAGCCUAGUGAUGAUCAUUCUAGUGAUUUCGGCAUUGAGAAUCACAACCACAGAAGAGUUCUCACUUCACCAGAUUUCAAGUCUCUGGAAAUACAAGAGAUCGAAAAAGGAACCUUUCACGAUUACAAGCAUGUCAAUAACCUGACCCAGGCAGCUGAGCACGUUGACUGCAUUCAAAUAAUAUGUCAGAUUGCAACUGACGAGACAAUGAGCAAAAGACAAGCCCGAGACGUCGAAGACUGCGGUGAUAGUUUGACCACAAUUAUGCGAUCCGGCCAGAUUGCGUUGAAGUCUCUUUUAGUCAACUGUCACCUGCAUACCUUACCUAGUGUUGACAUGUUUGACCUGAAUUCGUCUCUGACGGCAUGCGUGGCAUAUCUGAGGUACCUGAACUCGGUCACUGGUUCAGUUUCGAAAUCAGAUGAUGUGAAUCGCCGCCUUGCGCAGAUUUGGAUCCAUAUUCAUUUCGAAAAUCAUGCCAAUGAUUUGGAGGAAAGUGAGAAAAACGGUCAUCCACUUGACCGAAAAGGUCGGGCAAUCCCCACAAUCGCUAGAGAUUCUAUAUUACAGGCUUUUCAUGGGAGCCAAUUCGUUCCGCAAAAAGCAGAUCGCGACUUUUUGAGCGAUCAAUGCCGCUGGGGCGAGCGUUGGUGGAAAGUUGCUACUUGCGUGGGGCUUGGUGUGAUCUUACUAGCCAGUGAAGACCUGGCAAACCAAAUGUAUGCUCAUUUAUACUCUACGGAAUGGCUGUUUGCUGACUUUUAA